AGUUUCAGUACUGUAAUGCAGUUUGCCUGAAAUCCCUAAGACUAGCAUCCCAUUUUCCUCUGCAGCUGGUGAAAACGCAUUUAUUGCUUUAAAAAAAAAAUAUUUUGCUCAAUAAAAUAGAUCACGAUGACCAUCGCGCAGAUAGAUCAAGGACAGCGGUACAGGCCAAGAAUGGCAUUCUUGAAAAAGUUGGAGGUUUUGUUGGUAGAAAUGCAAGAUCCACAAUCUGGCAUCAAAACACAAAUUCAGAACAUGCCGGAGAACAGCAUUCCACAUACUGUGGUUGGUUGUGAUAUGCUGCAAUGGAUUGUGAAGCGUUUGGAGAUUACCAACGAAGAGGGGCUACAUUUAGGAAGUAUGAUGGUGAAGUGUGGGUACGUCUAUCCUCUUCAGGACCGAAAGAAUCUGAAUCUCAAAGGGGACACCAGUCUUUAUCGAUUCCAGACACCCUACUUUUGGCCAACCCAGCAGUGGGGAGCAGAUGAUACAGAUUACGCCAUUUAUCUAGCAAAGAGAAAUAUUAAGAAGAAAGGAGCUCUAGAAGAUUAUGAAAAGGAACAUUAUAGCAUAUUGAACAAACGCAUCAACCAUAAGUGGGAUUUCAUUAUUAUGCAGGCCAAGGAGCAGUACAGCGCAGGAAAGGAACGAACGAAAGAAGACCGGUAUACUGUGGAUUAUCAAGAGAAAGCCUACUGGCUGGUGCAACGGGCUCCUCCUGGAAUGGCAGACACACUUGAUUAUGGGCUGGAUAGAGCGAUAGAGCCCUGUGAAAAUAAGGUAAACCAGAAAAAAACAAUUGAAGUAUAUAGGACAGAGAUCAUGUACCUCCAACAGUCCCUCAUGAAGACUGCAACAAAGUCAUCUGUCUCUUUGGGAGGAAUAGUGAAGUACUGUGAACAGUUCUGCUCCAAUGACCCUAUAAUCUCAGGAUGUCUGCCCAGCAAUCCUUGGGUUUCUGAUGAUGUGGAUUUUUGGGAACUCAAUGCAAAACUGGUAGAAAUCCCCACCAAGGCACGGGUGGAGAAAUGGGCCUUAAACUUUAGGGAGCUGAUGAAAGACCCCAAAGGACGUCAGAAUUUCCAGCUGUUCCUGAAGAAGGAGUUUAGUGGGGAGAAUCUGGGAUUUUGGGAAGCUUGUGAAGAUUUGAAGUAUGGAGAUCAAUCCAAAGCGAAAGAAAAAGCAGAAGAAAUUUACAAAACCUUCUUGGCCCCAGGAGCAAGACGUUGGAUUAAUAUUGAUGGCACCACUAUGGCCAUUACAGUCAAAGGCCUCAAAAACCCUCAACGUUAUGUCUUAGAUGCUGCACAGACUCAUAUUUAUAUGCUCAUGAAGAAGGAUUCUUAUGGUCGCUAUUUAAAGUCUCCGGUAUACAAAGAAAUGUUGUCCAAGGCAAUUGUACCACAAGAAGUGGUUAAAAAAAGCUCUUACAAUCCGUUUGCCCGCAAGCACCUGCGCUCCAGUCCCAGCCCCAUCCUCUUGAGGCAGCUGGAGGAAGAAGCCAAAGCUAAAGAAGCCGCCACCAAUGUGGACAUCACCCAGGUUAUGAGCAAGCUGGAUCGUAGAAGCCAGCUCAAGCAGGAGGCCCCACCUGCUAAAUAGGGCCCUGGCGAUAGUGCUGGAGAGCCCAUGGCAGGAAUAAAAACGCAGAGCCAGGAGGAAAAUGUUGGCUGAAUGUAGGGCUGCAUUUCCUUCCCCUGGCCUGCAGGUGUCAUAAGUGUUUCAUUGUUAGCAAUCU